CUCCUUUGCUGGGCAGCUGGAAGAAAGGGAGUCGGGCCCGGCCUCCCGGUCUCGGGCUGGAGAGGGGUGAGGCCCCCUUUUCCAGCCAGGCGGUAGGUGCAGAACACCGGGAGUCCGCGCCGGAACCGACCUCGUGCUCGCUCGUGUGUGUGCCCCGGCGUUCACGGAGAGCCCGGGGCAGUCUCCAGCAUUAGGGGGUGCCUGCCCUGGAGGUGGGGGAAACAGAUGCAUCUGUAAGCUCCGCUCGUUCCCCUGCCCCGCACUCCCUUCAUCCCACCCUCAGCUUUUUAAUAGACGUGGAAGUAAAGGGUCGCUUUCAGAAUUUCUUUGUAGCGUGGAAGAAAAGAGCGUGAGGAAUUCUUGGCUUGACAACUGCUUUGGGGACGGUAGGAAGGAACUCUUAGGCUAAAAUUGGCCUCCAGAUGUAGUAUUCGAAGCCCUAACGGAGACCAUCUGAGCUGCAGGCCUUUCAUAUGGUAGGGACCUCAUUUUCUGGAAACGUAAUGCCUCCGUCUAUUCCAAGUCCUCGUGUGCAGGCUUGGAAACACCCAGAAUGCUUUUUGUUCUCUAACAUUCAGCACAGUGUUAGUUCUUGGUAUCAGUAUUAGUAAUUUGGGAGCUGUUGUACACCAUGCUCGGUGAACUGGAGUUACAGCUCUUUGCAUGAUAGCAUAUCCUUGGGGCCUCACAGCAACACCGCAUGCUGCAAAAAGAAGCAUUGCAAUUUAGAAAUGAGAGGUGGACUGGACGUUGUUGGUUUUUAUUUCCUUUGGGAGUCUUUGUAUCAAUGGUUGACACCUGAUGUAACAAUGUCAGAUGCCACCAUUCAAAGAAGACAGUAGCCAGCAUUACAAGGAGGAAAUAACAGAGCUUCUCUUACAGAGAGAUCUGCUGCUUAAAGUGUGAGCUAUUGCAGAUCCCAACCCCCUGCUAGACUAAUAAGUGGAGAGGAACAUUUUUCAAGCAAGAAGUGCCUGGCUUGGUUUUAUGAGUAUGCAGGUCCUGAUGAAGUUGUAGGGCCAGAAGGAAUGGAAAAAUUUUGUGAAGACAUUGGUGUUGAACCUGAAAAUAUUAUUAUGUUAGUUUUAGCGUGGAAAUUGGAGGCUGAAAGCAUGGGAUUUUUUACCAAGGAAGAAUGGUUAAAGGGAAUGACUUCAUUACAGUGUGACUGCACAGAAAAGUUACAGAACAAAUUUGACUUUUUGCGCUCACAGUUGAAUGAUAUUUCAUCAUUUAAGAAUAUCUACAGAUAUGCCUUUGAUUUUGCAAGGGAUAAAGAUCAGAGAAGCCUUGAUAUUGAUACUGCUAAAUCUAUGUUAGCUCUUCUGCUUGGAAGGACAUGGCCACUGUUUUCAGUAUUCUAUCAGUACCUGGAGCAAUCGAAGUAUCGUGUUAUGAACAAAGAUCAGUGGUACAAUGUAUUAGAAUUCAGCAGAACAGUCCAUGCCGACCUUAGUAACUACGAUGAAGAUGGUGCUUGGCCCGUUCUUCUUGAUGAAUUUGUUGAGUGGCAAAAAGUCCGUCAAACAUCAUAGCAAGAACUAUUGUGAAGAAAAUGCAAACCUUUUGAUUCCCACGUGUAUACAAGCUAAUGAUGAGGGGGAAAAAAUCCAAAGGGUGCAUUUUUAUUCAUAUGAAAGACUUCUCAUAGCCCUUUUUUUUUUUUCCUUUUUUUUAAAGGACGUUUUCUUGUUACAUGUGAUGGGCAUUGAGCCACGCUUCUGAGACUGAAUAUGGAAGUUUUUGUUUCAAGUUAUGUUUUUAACAUUUAUUUCAGAACAAUAAAGAUUCAGAUUUGUGACAAAGGCCUUAAAGUGAA